UUUGGUGAGCGUGACACCCUCCAUAGGCGCUUCUUCCUUCAGUCAGUCUCUAAUUCUGAUCAAGACUUUACGCUGAAAAAAAUGACUCUUUUCCACUUUGGAAACUGUUUAGCUUUAGCCUAUUUUCCAUAUUUUAUAGUCUACAAAUGUUCUGGAUUAUCUGAAUACAGCCCGUUCUGGCGAUGUGUAAAAGCAGGAGGAGCCUACAUAGUAACACAGCUGUGCAAGAUGUUAGUACUUGCUACAUUUUUCCCAACAUCUGAUAUCCUUCCAGGAAGUAUAGACUACAUAGGGGAAUUCCUGAGGUCUACUGUAGACUUUGCUGAUCUUGUUGGCCUGUACCUGGUCAUGACAAAGAUUGCUGGUAAAGGAGAGCUCAAAGUUUUAGUAGCUGGUCUGGGCUGGUCAACGGCAGAGCUGAUCAUGACAAGGCUCCUCCCCCUUUGGGUCGGCGCCAGGGGUGUAGAGUUUGACUGGAAGUACAUGCAAAUGAGCUUUGAUGCAAAUAUCAGCUUGAUCCACCACAUCGCUAUCGCCGCCUUGGUCUGGCUGUGGAGCAGGCAUGACUUGCACCGGUCGUUCCUGCCUGUUGUCAUGGUUUUCCUAGCUCUUGGCUGCUAUAAACCGCUCAUUGUUGAAGUCAUUAGCCACACCCUUGGGGUCACAUCCUGGUCACUUUUGCUGCUUAAGUUCUCCUUCUCGGCUUGUGUUGGCUUUGUUGCCCUGCAACUCUACCUUGCCCUCACUACCGAGGCUGUCAAUCAUCGACAAUGAUGCUCUACCUUUUCUACUAGAGCUCUGGAGCUUUUGACCAAGUGAUGCAAAACACUUUCUUCUGAGGCUAUUGACCAAAGAAAGCUUUUUAGCCUGUAAACCAAAGGCAGUGGUGAUACAACACUUUCUUCUGUAAAUGAGGCUAUAAAUCAAAGGCAGACGCCAUUUGAAUGCUAAAGAAAACCUCAUGUUUAUCUGAAAGUAGCCUGUAGAGUUUAAUUACAUAAACAGAAAUUUCAUGUAAAUUGUUUGCCCCUUGACAUAAAAAACCACCAAUGUUCUAUGUAAAGUUGUUGUCUUAUCUCUCCAUGUAGAUUUUGUUAAGAGAUAUUUGUGUACUCCACUUUUGCCUAAUAUUAUUUUGGUUUUAUUAAAUGUCAUUAAGAUAUAUUUGCUUAACUCUAACAAAAUAGUUGAUGUAGAAGAAUGAAGCAAAUAAAACAGUAUUUAUUAGUCCUA